AUUAUUCCUAUUCUGAAGGGGAAUCGAAGGGAUUUGUGGAUAAUUCAGACUUCAAAGUCUGCAUACUGAUUCUAAAUGCGUCAUUCAUGGAACCAGAAAGACAACUUCUUGCUGGUGCUAUGGAUCAGCUGUGAAAUAACUGUUAUGUGAAGCUGUGAUACUUGCUUAAUAAGUUGGGGCGAGUUUUCUAAUGAUACUCCAAUGCUUUACGGAUUAAUUGUAAUCCACAUUUUUCUAUGUUAUAAUUCUCAAAUGUAAGUCGGUGUCUGUUUGGAUGAGAAGAAAUUUAGGUCACCAAAAGGCUUUAUAAGAAUGAGGAUUGAAUCUGGAACAUGCAAUGUGUGCUCAGCUCCCUGCUCAUCGUGCAGGCACCAUAAUCGAUCUAUGUCAGCCAUAGGUUCAAAGAAUGAGAGCGGCUUUUCUAGUAUCAUUUGCGCUAGGGGAGAAGAAGCUGAUAGUUCUUCUGUUUUUAAUUUGGGCGAUAUGAAAAUUUGCAAAAGCACGAUUUGCAAUGAUUUGCAGCAUGUAGCUAGCGAAACAAGUAACUUAAUAAGUGCAACCUCAAGCCAUGACUCAUACUUUGAGAAUGCUGACAGCAAAGCAGUUUUUAGGGCCUCUACUGUAUAUGAUGCAUCUGAUGAUGUUGACAUGCCUCAGGAUGUAUCUUCUUGUGAAUUUGUGGAACAGGUGCGAUCCCUUAAGAGGAAGCAGAUAUUUUCCCCUGGGCAAGAUGAAGAGCAGAGUGAAUUAGAAUGCCAUGGAGAUAACAUCCUAUAUACAUCCGAAGGUAGAGAUGCAAAUGUUUCAGGCUCCGAUUGUAAUGUACAUGUGGAGAAAAAAGACUUGGAAUGUAGUAAUAUUAUAAUAAAUAGUUCUUUCAACGUGAAUAACAAGGCCAUUCCAAAUGAAGGCGGUUGUGGUAAAAUCGGAAGGAAGUUAAAUGUAACUGGGAAUGCAUCGUCACUGGAUGAUAUUUGUAAUUCUGUUUCUGUAAAUACUUUUUCUACUGCGAAAUCACAGUUACCUUUAUCUGAAUGUGGUGUUUCUCCAGAAGAGAACAUCAGAUGUGUUGAAGGAGAUAGUGUUAAAGCUUCAAUUGCAUCAUUGACUGCUGGUUCUUCUGAACCGAAAUCCAAUACCUUUACAGACCAUGAAGUUUCUACACCAACUCAAAUCAAAAGUGGAUUUUCUUCCAGUAUCUCGAAGAUCGAUGAGUCGUGCCGGGAAACCAGAAGUGUCACGGAUCUUCAAAAAUCAUUUAAUGGCGGUUCAAAAGGAAGUAAUGUAAAGGCCCCUCUUGAAAGAAUUGGUACCAUAUUGGAUUCUACCAAUGGUCAAGGACAUCAAACUCAAGCAAUCACUGAGGGUGAAAACUCCGACUCAGAUGUUAUGUUGGAUGAUGUAAAAGUAUGUGACAUCUGUGGGGAUGCUGGAAGGGAAGAUCUUCUUGCUAUAUGCAGCAGUUGUAGUGAUGGUGCAGAGCAUACAUACUGUAUGAGCCAAAUGCUACUAAAAGUUCCAGAGGGUGACUGGCUAUGUGAAGAAUGUAAAAUGAAAGAGUCGAAGAAUCAGAAUGCUGAUGAAUACGAGGAAGUUUCUGAAAGUUUAAACUUAAAUUACUUAAAUGAAGGCAAUAAAAAAGCUUUGAGCACUCCCUUCCCUAAGAAGUUACCCAAAUUGAAUAUUGGGCCAACUGAUUUGGUUACUAAAAGGCCUUCUAAGGGACUUCAAAGCUCGCAUAAUUUAACUCCGAGGCAAGCUGACCAUCCUGAGGAAGUAAAAUCUUCUGAACGGAAUGGGACUUCAAUGGAAACAGCCAGCCCAAGGAAAAAGCCGACCUUAUCUCGUCAAAUUUCACUAAAGAACCAGGUAAUGGAAAAAGUGAAUACAGCUAUCAUACCAGCAUUAACGGAAGUUCAUUCUACAAAAUCUUCUGAGGCUUUUUCAAGAUCCAAAGUGUCUUUAAGCUCAAGUUCAUUCAAGGGUCAACCACAUCCUCAUUCCCCUCACGGGCUUUUAUCAAGGUCAGUUUCUUUUAGUUACUCAAACAAUGUGCCUAAAGUCAAAACAUUAAUUGAAAAGCCUCCUCAUAAGCAAAAAAUCACAAGGGAAUCCGCAAACAUUGACUUAAGGAAAGAGGUUUCGGUUAAGUCAUUGACUAGAAACACUUCUUUUAGCAACACAACCUCAGGGCGCCCCCAUACCGAGUCAGUGAGUAAAAGUUCAUCAUUUAAGCCUUCUCAUAUUGAAGGCUUAAGAGGACCAAAAGAAUCAAAAGAAAGAAGUUUUGAUGGAAGGAAUAAUAUUUCUGCAAAGCAAAACUCCAUUUUCAGGCCAUCAGCAGUAAUUACCAGCCACCAUCCUAUUAAGGUGGAUGCUAAGCAUGUACAUGGCGAUGGGAAAAUAAAAAACAUCCCUGAAACAGAUGUUCCUUGUUCGAGUAAAGGAUUUAACGAUGCAAAUGACUUAGGUUCCAGUGAAGGGAAGAAACAGGCACUUUAUUCAUCCAAGAAUUCUGAUGGAAAUUCCAAAUUUGAAAAUCUUAAAAAACCCCUACCCCUAAAUAAAGGCAUUCUGUCCAGUACCAGUGCUAUAGAUGGAUCAAACAGAAAGGUGGAACUCGUAUCACCACAUAGUGCUGUUCAAUCUUCAGAGUCUGGACGCAAGGAUGAGAGCUUGAGGAAUUCUCCUUGUUCUACUGGUUCAAGGCUUUCAUCCUUUGGUGGUAGCCAGAAGUUACGCUGUCAAAAAUGCAAUGAAACUGGACAUGUGAUCCAGCACUGUUCCAAUAACAAGCUUCAAAAAUCUACUAAUAACCUUGCAGCUGACGGGAAUUCAAAUGAGGUAGUGAAGAAGAAUAAUAAAUGGAGAGAAGUAGUGGAGGCAGCCAUAUCGAGAAGUAGAGUGCUAAAGGGUAACAAAGCUGAUGCAUGUGAGGAGCUUCCCGCAGCCAAAACAGAUUUGAAUUGUGUAGCAGUUUCAAAAAAUGCUCCAAAUGCUAUUAUCCAGAGAAAUAGCGUUUUAACCACCUCAAAGGAUUUAAAUAUUGAUUCUACCAAAAACUUAGCUUCUGCAAAUUCAGGGCAGUCUGCUGUACUUCCAGUUGAGGUUUCUCAUGUUUCCAAAGUUGAUGACCAAAGUCAUUGUCUUCCUAUUGACAAAUUGAGUGCAAAGCCUUUUGUGGAAUCAUUACAAGACCUGGCUCCAUUUUUAGCAAACACUAUAAGAGCCUCAGCAAUUCCCAAGCUUGAAUGCAUAUGGCAAGGUAACUUCAAUGUUCUGGGAAUCGGAAAUUGCCCUGAAAAUUUUGAUGGAAUUCAAGCUCAUUUAUCAAGUUGUGCUUCACGUAGAGUAUUUGAAGCAGCAAUCAAGAUCCCUGGCAGUGUCCACUUAGAGGAAGUAUCUCACAUUAGCUUAUGGCCAUCACAUUUUCAAAGAAUUGGUCCACAAGAAGAGAAUAUUGCUCUAUUUUUCUUUGCUAAAGAUGAGGAGAGUUAUGACAGAAGCUACAGAAGGCUAAUGGAUAGGUUGCACAAAAAUGAUUUAGCCCUUAGAGGAAGCAUGGAUGGAUUUGAAAUACUUAUAUUCACAUCAAAUAAGUUGCCAAUGAAAUCCCAGCGUUGGAACAUGAUGUAUUAUCUCUGGGGCAUGUUCAGAGCUAGAAGCGGAUACGGGUUGCCUCUGAUGUGUGGCCAGAAGAAAUCCUCUAUGCCAAAUUUGGAUUUGGAGCUCCCAAAUCAAGAUUUGUCAAUUCCUCCCAUCAACCUUGUUUGUAAUGCCCAGAACUCAGAGACUAGUAUAUACUUGAACAACUUAUCUGAAUUCAGACCAUCUACGAUAACACCAGGGACGCCAGCAGACUCUCUGGAUGUGCUGCCCAUAUCCUCUGGCAUUUCCGAUAAGGCAUGCAGGAGACUGGAAGCUUCUGUUCAAAAUUCUUUAAGUCAAGUGGUUGCUGAUCCUAAUGUACCACUACAACCACUAGGAAAGCAUUCAUUUCCCGUUGAGAAGUCAUCCGGGAUGACAGCUGAUCUACUGACAGUUACUGAUUCUCCCAAGUCUAUGCGUCUAAUGUCUGCUUCAAACUCUUUUUCUGAAGAGAGAAAAGAUCGAACUUUUCCGAAAAAGCUUGUUAGUGACUGCACCAACAGAAAUACUGUUGACUUGUCUACAUUUGCGUAUAAUACUGGAGAAGAAUCUAACCUUAGAAGAGCUUCAUCUGUACCCCUUAAUUCUUUAAAUUGCAAUAAAGUAACAGGCGAUGAAUUCGGCAGAAUUGAAAGAAAUUUGAGAGACAAAGUUUGUUCAACAUCUAGUGUAGCUAUUAUGGAUGUUGAUGAUCCAACACAAAAUGCGUUAGACGUAGAGCGCCUUAAUAACAAGAAACGCGGGCCAUCACUGUUGUCGAGUGAGGAUGAAAGGGAGCCAAAGAAGAACUGCUAUGCCACUGAUAGUGUCACUGAAACUAAUGCUAGCAAUAGGCUCUCCUCCAAAAUACACCCCUUAUAUUCAUGCAUUUUGAGCCCGCAGAUGGAAGAACAGAUCUACCGUGAACCUGUGCUGUUUGAGAGCUCCAGAACUACAGAGAGAUGCUUCUUCCCAACGGAUUUAUGUCCCGUUCAGAACAACAAAUCCGCCAACAUCAUACAUAUUCCAUCUUCAGAUGAUGAAGCAAUCCCAGAAUCUUGCUCUCCUGAUCUAGAACUGGCCCUUGGAGGAAAGAGUAAAUUGGCUAAGCCCAUGGCAUCACCAUUGCCAUUCACAUCAGUUGGAGGCAAGCAGCAUAUCCAACCUGGUUCUUCAGGUUAUGAUGGAGAUGAUUUAUCCGCAUCUCUCUCUCUAUCUCUUGCUUUUCCUGCAGCGGAGAGGGAGGGAUCAGCUAAAUGCAUUUUAGAAAAAGAGCCUAUUUUGCCUGAGAAACCUUCAGCCAACACUCCAUUGUUUCUGUUUGGGAGAUUUAGCAACCCUUGAAAUGGAACUCCUGGGUGUUAUUUUCUCAUUGUAUUGCUGAUCGCUGAGGUGUUCUGAGGGAGAAUUUUAGAGCCCUUCUCAUCUGUUUAUAGUUACAGAAAAAUCCUUGUUUAUUUCUCCUUUUUCUUACCAGCUGCUUUUAACUGGUGGUUUUUUUAGAGUGUAGAUUCACGGCUUUGUGCACAUAUUAAGAGGGGGAAGGCCGAAGUUCUUAUUGUAAUUCUUAGUGUAACUGUUUCUAAGUCUCAAUGUGCUCAUACAAAAAUCUAAAAAAGUUCUGCUCCUA